UGUAACGCAGCGCUGUGUGAGAGCACCACUGUCACUGCUCUCUCCUCUCUGUCUGUGUUCCUCUCUCUCAUUGUCCACACUCUCGCCUUCUCUCGGAUUUUUCUCCCUCUCCUUAUCUGCACUCGUGGUCCCUCUCCUCGCCCCUCCUCCCUCUUUUCUUUCUUCUUUUUCUCUUUCUCUUUCUUUGACUCUGUCCCAUAGGCAGAGAUAGGAUCUGUUACAAACAGCAGCAGCAGCCUCACCAAGAACCCAGACCCUAUAGCCCAGGCUGACUCUUGUGCCAACCCCAGUAGGAACAUCAGUGGGUGGGUACUUGACAGAGCCAGCACCAGGGAGUUAAUACCACUCAGUGUUGCUGGAGGUGUGACACAGCCCCAGCCUUCUACACAUUGAUUCACACAGGAUUAAGCCACUGCAUGAUGCUUCAGGCGGCUGGGCUGGUGCAGCUGAUUUACCGUCCCUGUCAGACUUAACGUCUUUGGAGGCCUCCUUUGCCCUGCUCCUGUCCUCUGUGGAAGAACUAGUAAAAAGCAUCUGCCACUGCACCAACCAGAUCACCUAAAGGGAUGACUGGAAGUCAUCUUGCUCAGGAGUAAGAGAGGAAGCAAUGGGCUGGACUAUGACUCUAAAAGAUGACUUUGGGGUCAUUGCCUGGACACGGCGAGCUGGGAACUACCUCAGCCUCUUCCUCCUCUUGUCUCUAUUUUCCUUAUCAGUCCAGUCAGACAUUGUGUUUCCUAAGGACCAUCAUUUCUCAUGGAAAGCAGGCCAGUGGGGUCAGUGCAUCGGGGAGGAGUGUGGUUCUGGCGGGGUCCAGACACGGACAAUAUGGUGUGUCCACAUGGAGGGCUGGACUACCCACCAUACCCACUGCCAGCACAUGGACAAGCCAGAAAGCCAGCGGCACUGCUUUAAGGUUUGCGACUGGCACCAGGACCUUUUUGAGUGGGAGGUAUCAGACUGGGGAGGCUGUGUUCUUGUCCCUUACUUUUCCAACGAGCUCACACUGAGGACGGCUGAGUGCAUUACAGCACAGCAUGGCAUCCAGAGGCGCAAAGUCCACUGUGUACGCACUUCAAACCGUACCACAGUUACCUCGAGGAUAUGUGAGUUCUUUUCCCAGAAACCCCCUGUGGAGCAGGCAUGUCUCAUCCCCUGCCCCCAGGACUGUGUAGUUUCAGACUUCACCUCCUGGUCAAGUUGCAGCAAAACCUGUGGUGCUGGCCUGCAGCAUCGGACUCGACAUGUCCUGGCCACACCAAUGUAUGGAGGUGCAAGCUGCCCCAACCUGACAGAGACCAGGACUUGUUCUAGCCCUGUUGACUGCCCUGCUGGGGAGGGUGAGUACCAGUACAGCCUUAAAGUCGGGGCCUGGAGUGCGUGCCGACUACCCCAUCACAAGGAUGCCCUGUUAAGUGGUAGGACCACAGUGGACUUCUUCUCCAAUGAGAACAACACAGUCACAUUGCACACACACGUGUCUCAUCACCACUCCCAUAAGCACCACAACCACCACCAGCAUGCGCACAACAAAUACCCCAUGUCAUGGGAACUGGAGGUGGGAUAUCAGACCCGACAAGUCCGCUGCACACGGAGUGACGGCCAGAAUGCAAUGCUGAGUCUCUGUGUCAAGGACAACUCCCCCCUGACCUUUCAGGCAUGUGUGAUGCCCAAAGACUGUCAGACGUCUGAUUGGUCAUUGUGGAGUCCCUGCUCGAAGACCUGCCGGUCCACCGACCUGUCUCCUGGUUACCGCCUCCGGUCACGGAUCAUGACGCAGAUCCCAGUCGGAGGGGGGAAACGAUGUCCUGCCCUUGAGGAAAAAGAAGCUUGCAACAUCAUAGGAGAUUUACUUCCAAACUGCCCCAGGUAUGUGUGGAGGACCACUGACUGGGGAGAAUGUCGCAUCCUUCCCUUACUGAGCCAGCAGGACCGGCGGCUUGCUAACAUCAGUAUUCUGUGUGGAGGGGGGAUCCAGAGCAGGAAGACCUACUGUGUUCAAGUCCCUGAUGACUCAGCACCACAUCACAGGAAAGAGGUGUCCAGGCCUAUAAAUGCCAGGCUAUGCGCUGGUGAAGAGCCCCCCUCGGCCGUCCAGCACUGCUCCAUCCCUUGCCAGCACCACUGCCUGCUCUCCCAGUGGUCACCCUGGGGUGCCUGCCUUCAUGACAACUGCAAAGAACCACAGGGAAAGAAAGGUUUUAGACAGAGGAGGAGAAAGGUGUUGUGGGAGUCCAGCAGUCCUCUAGAGACCUGCCCUCAUCUGGUGGAGUCUGUCCCCUGUGAGGAUCCCACCUGCUUCCUGUGGCAGGUCCAACAAGAAGAAAGAUGCAUUCCCACUAAAAGCCCCUGUGGUCCUGGAACCGCCGUCCAGAAUGUGACCUGUGUCAGUGCUGAAGGGGAAGAUGUGCCCAUUGCCCUCUGUGAAGCAGACCCUCCUCCUACAGAAGUGGCCUGUGAGGUGCCGUGUUCUGCAGACUGUGUGGUUAGCUCCUGGUCCUCCUGGUCAUCCUGCUCACACAGCUGUAGCACCAAGAAUGCGGAAGGCCGACAGAGCCGCACUCGCACAGUGUUAGCCCUCCCAGGGAAAGGAGCAAAGGAGUGUCCAGCUGCUCCAGUCCUAGAGGAGUGGAGAGUCUGCAAUGACCACCCUUGUAUGGUGUUCUACUGGGAGGCCUCAGCUUGGGGUCCCUGUAUUGAAGAUGCCUCCAUGAAUCUCAAUGGAACCAGCUUCUGGAACGGGACCCCUACCUGUUCCGUGGGUGUUCAGAUUCGCAAAGUCAACUGUAUGAAGAUGAAUGUUGGACCUGUCAUAAGUAAAAGGUGUUCGGAUUCUGCUCGUCCAGAAACCGUCCGACCGUGUUUGCUACCCUGCAAGAAAGACUGCAUUGUGACACCCUUCAGUGAAUGGACAGCCUGCCCAUCAACCUGCAUGCAAGAUAAUGCAACUGCCGCCACACAGUCUCGAUACAGGACCAUCAUUCAGAGGUCUGCUAAUGGAGGUCAAGAGUGUCCUGACACACUGUAUGAAGAAAGAGAGUGUGAAUCACUUCCUGUAUGUCCAGUGUAUAGGUGGAAGACCCACAAGUGGCACAGCUGUACUCUGGUUCCAGAUUCUGUUCGACGUGGAUUAUCUGGACCAGAAGAAGCCUGUGGAAAUGGUUUAGAAACACGAGGAGUCAGUUGUGUUGAGGAGAGCGGUGAAUCGGCCAAUAUAACAGAGUGCCUGCAAUGGGCUGGCCCCUUGCCCCCUCAGAGCAGAGAGUGCUGGGUAGCUUGCAAGGAUGACUGCACUCUAACACCGUGGUCCAAGUUCUCUGAAUGCGCUGGAUGUGGCAGCUCCCGCAGUCGCAAGCGCUCACUCACAGGUCGCAGUAAAAAGAAGGAGCAUUGCCUGAAUGAGGAGUCGUACCCACUGGAGGAGACAGAGACUUGUCCCUGUGACGAGUUUUUGUCCCAGCCCUAUGGGAACUGGUCUGCUUGCAUCCUCCCUGAUCCUUCAGCUCCGGGAUCCCUGAAGGGCUGGAUGAGUCACCGGGAGGUAAAGGAGUGUGGCCAAGGUCUGCGCUACAGAGCAGUGGCCUGCAUUGACCAGCAGGGACACCUGGUCAGCCCCACACUCUGUACAGACUCAGGCUACAUGGUGGAGGUUUGCCACAUCCCUUGCCCCCUAGACUGUAAGCUCAGUGACUGGUCAACCUGGUCAGCCUGCAGUGCAUCCUGUGGCAGCGGGUUGAAGAUCAGGUCGAAGUGGCUCAGGGAGAAAGCUUUCAAUGGGGGACGCCCAUGCCCCAGGCUGGAUUUGAAAAACCAGGUGUACCAGGCUGUGCGGUGCCACAGUGAAUGCAGCCAAUACGAGUGGAGGAUCGAGCCCUGGUCCAUUUGUACCAUCAACACUGUGGACGACCUGCCAGCCUGCGGAGAGGGAGUCCAAAGCCGCAAGAUCAGGUGUGUGAAGAAGGGAACAAGUGGGGAAGCCAGCAGUUUGGAGGACAGUCUGUGUGAUCAGGAGGAAAUGCCACCCAGAGCCCAGGUCUGCUUUCUGGCCUGCCCCAACGACUGUGUCACGACACCCUGGGGACCGUGGAGCAACUGCCCUCUGCAAUGUGACCAAGGAACAACAAGGAACAGGACCAGACAUAUCCUCCGACUCCCAGCCUCGGAAAACUCUGCUUGUCCAGAGCUGGUCCAGUCAGAGCCCUGCGUCCUCAACAGCACUUGCUUCACCUACCAGUACAGAGUCUCAGACUGGAGUACAUGCCAGCUGGGGGAAAAUGCCAUCUGUGGUCAAGGUUCACGGUUGCGUCUCCUAGACUGUAUUCGCAGCAAUGGCAAGAUUGUGGAGUUGCAGAAGUGUGAGCAGUUUGGUCUGAUCAACAAGUGGAGGCUGUCAGAGAGCUGCGUGGUUGACUGCCCUGUCAGCUGCAUACUCUCUGAUUGGUCACCGUGGGCGGAAUGCUCACAUACCUGUGGUAGCCAAGGUCAGUCUGUGCGCACCCGGACAAUUCUGCAGGAGGCUCAUGAGGAGGGUCGGUCCUGUCCCAACCAGCUCACCCAGACCAAGCCAUGUCCCAUAAGGCCUUGCUACACGUGGCUGCUGAGUGACUGGUCCCCAUGCACUGUAGAGGGUGCAGCGUGUGGUGAGGGGCUUCGGAGACGGAACCUGUCUUGUGUCGUUCACUGGGGCGAUGAGUCUCUUCCUCAGCCCGUGGAGGAGGAGCUUUGUGGAGAUAAACUGAGGCAGCUCAUCCAACAGGAGAUGGAGCAGCCCUGCUUCGUCCCCUGCCCAGGAGACUGUCAUUUGACUGUGUGGUCAUCUUGGAGUUCUUGCCAGCUGACCUGCCUGGAGGGGCGAAGCUUUGAGACCACAGGGCGCCAAGCUCGCUCGAGAGCUGUGAUCAUUCAGGUCAUGGAGAACCAGGGCAGCUGCCCACAUCAAGUCUUUGAGACCCAGCCCUGUAAAGGAGGAAAAUGCCACAGUUACCAGUGGAGGACAGGAGGAUGGAGCAACAAUGAGAGAGCAGUCUGGUGUCAGCGCUCAGAUGGUGUCAAUGUCACAGGGGGCUGUUUCCCGCAGAAAAGGCCGACCACAGUCAGACACUGCCAUCCUCCGUGCACUAAACCCUUCUCACACUGCACACCGAGCGGAGUGUGUGGGUGUGAGAAGGGUUACACUGAAGUGAUGACCACGCAUGGCUUCUUGGACUACUGCACCAGAACCCCAGGGGUGGACAACAACAAGAAAGCUGAUGUGAAAACCAACUCUGGAAGAUUAAAACCCGGGCCGUCUCAGGCUCAGGACCUCUUCAACGAGUGGACCUUACGACCUGUUGGCCCAGAUGGAAGAGUAAAGCUGUGGGUUUAUGCCGUGACUGCUGUUGGAUUCAUCUUAAUACUCUUCAUUAUUGCAUUAUCAUUCCUGGUCUGUAAGCCAUCCAAAACCACUAAGACGUCUCCACCUCCGCAGAAGCCCUUGACCCUGGCCUAUGAUGGUGAUAUGGAUAUGUAACCAGGCUGCUAUACCUCACAAGGGCGCGCUCCACCUCGGACAGACUCCUGACUGCGUUCAGAUUGUUAGCAAGGACGAUUGUCGGCCAGUUUGAGCUGGGUGACUGUUUGCUGUAGUGCCAAUUGUACUGUAAAACUGCAGCAGACAAAUAAAGAUGCUCGCACAUGAUUUGCUGCUGAAGGGCAACGGAGCCCAGAAUUUUGGCUGCAGCUAACUCUCCUCCCGGAAGAAGAGGAACCAAAGCCGAACAUGGUGAAAAUGAGAUAAAAGGUCUCUAGACGGGAAAUAAAUGGUCCUCUGGUUUCUUUUUUUUUAACUGCUAGCAAUGUGAACACAUAGUUGAAGCACUGUUUUCAACCCACAAAAGGUAAAGACAAAGUGGAUCCACAGCCAUUGAUUUGGGGAUUUCUUUUGCGUGUUAAAAAUCAGAGGGACCACCUGGUUAUUUGUCUCGUAUUUGUGUCGUGAGGGAGACAGAACAUCUUGAGUCAGCAGUCACUCAUGACAUUCAAAGGUGGAACAAGAGAACAUUUGACAUUUGACUUUGUCUCAUCAGUGCUGGAUCUUUGUAAAAGGAAAUGUCACAAGCCUUUUGGGUAAACAAACAGCCUUUUUUUGAAUUUCUGAGAAUAAACAAGAUGCUCUAUGCACUACGUUAGUGCUGAAUCACUUUAGUUUUUUUCCUUUCAAAUGACUUUUCUAGUGUUUUCAUUGUAAUGCAAGUUGUUGCUGUCAGAUUGUGUUUUGUUGAUGUAUAUGUGGAAACCAAAAGCAGGCUUGCCUUGAAUUUAACAAUACAAUGAUGCAGUAAUAUCUCUUUCCUGAUUCUCGUAAGACUCUCGGCCACUGAGGACUAAUUUAAGAAACAACCUCAAAAUCAUGGAAAAAACAUGGCGGACUGCUUUGGUGACAAAUGCAGUGAAGAAUUAACAGAAAACAAUAGACCUUUAAUGCAAAUUAUCAAAUACCAGCAUGGUAAAGAUCAUACCUCAUAUACUUUUUCAUCAAAUGCAAAACAAAAAAGCACUGAUCACCAAAACAGACAUGAAUUAUCCACUGGAACAAAUAUGCUUUGCUUCUUUCACAAGGAUGUCACACAUUUUCUUUUUACACCAUUUUUUUCAUUACAUCCAAAUACAAGGUCAGCUGCCACAGAGCAAUGGCAGAAAUUAGUUUUUGACAGUAUUGAAUUCUGAAAUUAUUUUGAUUCUGGCACCACGAAGACAGGGCUCAAAACAUAGCAAAUACCAAAUAUUUGUGAGCACACAAGCGAGCCUCUUAUUUUUGUUUUUCUAACUCAUGCACAAAAGUUAAGAUCAUUUAUCCUUCCCUGGAAUUCUUUCAGAUUGACACUUACAACACAAGGCAUCCACAAUGCAGUGCCAGAGCAUCAUCCCAAAGCAUCUUAAUGGACCAUAAACACUUACAUUUAAUAUAAUUCAGACAUGUAUCCUUCAGUGCAUUAUUCAUACAACCUAGUGUAGAAUGAAGUUUCUUAUACUUGGUGGUUUUGGCACUGACCAGAGCUGAGUUUACGCUGUUUCUUUUUCUGCCUCCACAAACUGAAGAUUUGGUUUUGUGUUAUCUGACCACAUUCUGAAUGUAUUUUACCAGUAACUCUAUAAUCUUAAUGGUUGUGCAAAUAGGGUUGUUACAUGUUGUAACAAUUGUAUUUCAACAGCUGAUUGUAUGUAGGCAUGCGUGAUCCAUUUUGUCAGAAAGUGCUCCGAGUGGCCUUGCAAAGAUUCUGUUUUACAAGUUGCCAAACAUUUUAGAGUAGUUUCUUUGAGGCAGUGUUUCUAAUAUUUGGCCAACAAAGGGACAUAUGGUAAAUGUUAAAUCAAUGUAAAAUCCAAUUGUGAAAUACUGAUAAUUUCUAAUUAACAUGAUUAUAAUAAACUAAUGAUUUGGGAAUAUUUCCAUUAUAAAAACAAAGAAAAGCCAACUUCUGACCUGAUAAUUCUAUUGGGUUAUAUCCAGGAAAAUCUAAAAGUAUAUUCACUCAUUGUUUACAGUACCAUGCUAUUUGUGUUACUAUUGUGUGUACAUGGAGAGCUGGACAAAAAUGCAAAUAAAUUGUGGAACCAUGUGAAAAUAAAA